UUAAUUUUGAAUUCAUCAUGACGAAGACGAAGACGACGACGACGAUUCAAUUUCUCUCACGACGUUGAAUUUGUUGUAACUUCAAUCUCGUCUUUUUAAAAACUUUUUUCUUUCUUUUUUCCGAUUCGAUUUAGCUUUCUGUCUUUCGGAUCGGUUUCUUAGGUAUUCUUUCACCAGUUUCAUCAGUUUCUUCUACCAACUAAAAAAAAAAAAAAUCUGAUUUUUAUUUAUUUAUAUGCUCGAUUGAUCUGAUCGAAACGGAGCUUCAAAUCGUGGAUCGAGAAUUGGGAUUCAAAUCGAGUUUCAUAGAUCGAUUCUGAUCCAAUCCCAAUCCCAAGAUAAACCCUCGUGUGGGAUUUUGUCACAAAAUCCUCUUCUCUUCUUAUCUUUUCCGAUCUGUGGUUGCCGAGAGACUCUCCGUUGCUGAUCUCUAUCUCGCCCCGUUGAUUCUGAAUUCUCCGUGUUCCCCUCCGUCGUCACUUUCUUUAAUCGCCGUCGUGUUCCAUUGAGUUUCGUAAUCGAGGAUGGAUCCGCAGACGCAGAACACUUCGUUGCAGCGACUCCAGAAUGUCGAGAAUAGAGUUGUUAAGGUUUUGGAACUAGCUGGAGGAGUGAUGGAAGAGCUCGCGAGCCCUUCUGGACCCAAAAAAGAGUUCGUCAACAGCCAUUGCCGAGAGUUUAUGCAAUCUAUGAAGGAUAUUCAAGUAACAUUAAGGGAAGAGAUCAAAAGCGCUUGCGAGUACCGUCCCUUUGAGAAAUGCGAUUACAACGCUAGAAUAGCUAAUGAGAUCUGCUUCCAGAAGCUUGAAUAUGUUCUCACGCAGCUUGAUGAUCUGAAACAAACUGCUGACCGGUAUAUUUCUUCUGAUUGAGCUCGCAACUCUAGGCAGAUUUUUUUGCUCAUUUUUGUGGGAUUUUUACAAGUUGUAUCUGUCUUCCUUGCUAUUGAUAUUCAUAAAAGGCUUACUUGACGAAUUAUGUUAAACCAUUGUGCUAUAUAGUCUCUAGAUCAGUUGUAGGUUAUCCCAGUAAAGUUUGUCUGGUUUUUUUUA